AGACAAAAAGAAUCCGCGCACCUUGACUUGCUCGAUAUGCGUGCACGAGCGCCGAGGAACCGAUACCAUGACACUUUUUUUUGCAAGUGGCUACGGAUACCUUCGACGGCAAACGAGUAUAUCGAGCUAGCAUUCAAAUACCGUGGUAAGAGGAGAACCAAAACUGUAGACUUGGAGGAUGAAGUGGGCAAUCGAACUUCAGACUGAUGAGAGAGAGAGAGGCAUGGGGGGUGUCUCCAGCUGGUCAAUUGUUCCUCUGUCUCUGUUGCUGUCUCUCUCUCUAUUUCUCUCUCAAUCUCGCUCGCCAGUGCAACAACGACCGAACAACUGGUGUACACCCCCGUGUUGCGUUCGAUGCCUACUGUGUACUGUUGGAGGCGACGGGGACCCCCCAUGCUCUGUCUAGGCUAGUGACCCAACCACCCCUACCCCGGCUGAACGACAACAACCCAGCAAGCCCAGCACACACCUCCGGAGACUGGACUUGUUUGGUUUGGCUGAGCUAGGGUGCUUGCUAGGAUCACCCAGGCUAGGAUGCGAGGGUACUGGAGUACCUCAACUUACAAGGGACACACCCCCGGAAGCCAGUAUCGGCG